AUGCGACGGCUCUUCGCCAUCGGGUCGCAGCUGUCCCCUGAAGUGGGGAGCUCCGGGAUUGAGAUGCUGGAGACCGACACCUUCAAGUUGCACUGCUUCCAGACGCUGACAGGGAUCAAAUUCGUGGUUCUUGCUGACCCAAGACAGGCAGGGAUAGACUCCCUUCUCCGCAAGAUCUAUGAGAUUUACUCUGACUUCGCUCUGAAGAAUCCUUUCUACUCCCUGGAGAUGCCAAUCAGAUGUGAGUUGUUUGAUCAGAACUUGAAACUUACAAGGGCAGAUUUGCGCCAGCAGCGCCUCAAGAGGAUAUACAGUGGGUUUGAGGGCUUCUGCUCGUACUGUUCUCCGUAA